AUGCAGGCGCGCGUCGGUAUAAAUAGCAAUAAAUCCCCCCACCGAGUCUCCAUAGCGACCAGAUAUCUCAAUUGCACCAUCAUGGAAAAACUCGAUCUCUCGUCGCAAUCUCGAAGCAUCCAGGAAGCCUACGACAAGGUAGUGAGAGGUACUCCUGGAACUUCUUAUGUGGUAUAUUCAGUAAACAAGCUGCUGACCGUUGAAGUAUCAGCCACUGGCGAUGGCUCAUUGGACGACUUUGUCGAGAAUUUCACCGAUGGUCAGGUUCAAUUCGGCUUGGCGCGUGUUUCUGUACCCGGGUCAGACGUUUUUAAAAACUUGUUGAUUGGAUGGUGUCCCGAUAAUGCACCCACCAAAUCCCGGUUAUCAUUUGCCAGUAAUUUUGCCGAAGUUGCUCGUGUUUUGAGUGGUUAUCAUGUCCAGAUCACUGCUCGUGACCAGGACGACUUGGACGUGGACGAUUUCAUGGCUCGUGUUAGAGCGGCUGCUGGUGCUGGUUACUCUGGCUCUACUGGUUCUUCCUCCAAGCCAGUUUCUGCUCCCAAACCGGUGGCUGCAAAGCCUUCUGUUGCAAAGCCCAGUGUUGCAAAGCCUAGCUUUGUGCCCAAAUCGACCGGAAAACCAGUGGGAGCUGGACCUUCUGGACCAAAGCCAAUUGUGCCCAAACCAGCUGUAGCGAAACCAGCUGCAAAACAAGAUGCCGACGAUGGCUGGGGAGACGCUAAGGAAAUUGAAGAGCGUGACUUUGAGACUCAACCGCUUGAUUCGGUUCCUUCGGCUUAUAAACCCACCAAGGUGGAUAUCAACGAAUUGCGCAAACAAAAGUCCGAUACCAUUUCUUCGCAGCCCAAAAAGUCUUCAAUUAAUGAGUCUGAUUCCGGCAACGAUGCCACUUCAAAACCUUUGUCGGAGCGUAUGAAGUCGUAUCAAGCCAACGAGGAUGGUCGUUUAUCGUCUUUACCAAAGCCUAAAAUUAGUCACUCUGUGGCUUCUCGCUAUAACCCAACAGAGCUGAAGGGCAGUGCGCCUGCUUUUGGGUCAAAGCCCACGUUUGGAAGUCCCGUUAUCAACAAGAAUGAUAAAAUUGUAGGAGGUGUUUCUAGAAACUUUGCUGUUGAAGGCGGCAAGACACCGGCCCAGAUAUGGGCUGAAAAAAGAGGACAAAAGUCUGUUUCUCCAGAUUCCACUAAAUUGGAGGAUCGCUUUGCAAAGACUUCAAUUGACGACUCGGUGGAAGAGCCUCAGUUGUAUAAACCGUCAGCAAAGAAGGAGGAGGAAGAGGAAGAGGAGGAAGAACCUGAGACACACGAAGAUCAUGAAGAAGACGAACAUGACGAAGAACCACCGGCUGCUCCUGCCCGUAGCUUGCCUCCGGCUCCUGCUCGUAACUUGCCUCCUGCUCCAGCUCGCAACCUUCCUCCACCACCUGUGAGAAAUGUUCCAGUUCAACAAGAAGAUGAACCUGAUAAAGAAGAACAGGCAGAGCCCGAGGAAGAACCUGAAGAACCUGAAGAGCAGACAUCUUUGCCAGCUCGUAACCUUCCUCCGCCUCCUCAGCGGGAAACUGCUGCUCCAUCGUUGCCCUCUCGUUCUCAACCUGAACCGGAGACCGCUCCAGCAGCAGCAAAGGGUGCUACCGCCGUGGCUGAGUACGACUACGAGAAAGAAGAAGAUAACGAGCUUGGUUUCAAGGAAGGAGACCUUAUUGUUGAGAUCGAUUUUGUGGACACCGAGUGGUGGUCGGGCAAGCAUUCCAAGACAGGAGAGGUGGGUCUCUUUCCCGCAACAUAUGUCAAACGGCAAGAUGGUGGAGCUGAAGAAACUGGUGGCGCUGAAAAUGCUGGUGGAGAACCGGAAACAAAGGGAGCCACCGCUAUUGCCGAGUACAAGUACGAGAAAGACGAGGACAACGAGAUUGGGUUCGACGAAGGGGACUUAAUUGUAGAGAUUGAAUUUGUCGAUGAGGACUGGUGGAGCGGCAAGCAUUCAGUUACUGGUGAGGUGGGUUUGUUCCCUGCAAACUAUGUUACCUUGAAGGAGUAA